CAGGACUGUGACCUGAGCUGUUGCAGGUCGAUACUUCGCGAACAAACGUCUUGAUCAGCGCAAGAUCCGAGGUACGUAGUUGUCAUACCUCAGUGUGAUGACCACACACGCAUACCUUUUGGUGUGCUUGUCAGGCUGGGCCAUUACAUUGCUAGACACUCCCAUGUCACGGUUACAGAGGUGACACUGCGCUUGCUGGACGUCUAGAUGGCCAAGUGAGUUUUUUCUUAAUGUUUGGCUUCGUUAUCAUGGACAGUGAUUGCUACUACGAGUCGAAGAAAUGUCUGCCAUAUGAACCCUCCUGACGUGUUCAACAUGAAUCAUGUGAAACCAGGACAAACUGUAUUUUCCGUACUGCUCUUGUUUGUUUGAUAUUCCGUUGAUCUACAAGUGCUCACCGCCAGUCUAGUUGAUAAUCGCCUUAUACCUCCGAUUUAUUAGAAGACCACCGACCACAUGUUUUAUCUCGUCGUUCUUGUGUAUUUAUUAUCGGAGUGGGGAGUGGAAUAAUGAUCACAGAAAAGUGUUACAUAAAGUGAAUUAUAAAAAUGUUUACUAAAAGAAUAGUACUGUAAGUGUAAUCGUUUCAGAUCACGUCUGUGGAAUGUUCCAGAAAUUUCCGUUGUUUGUCGAUUGGUCAAAAAGAAUAAAAACUUUGAGAAUGGCGAAGUAUCAUGGAUACUCGAGCAAAACAGAAGAAUGCAGUGGAAUUUCAUGCUGUUUCGCGUGGUGCUGCCAGUGUUCGCACAGAAAAUUGGUGGCACUAGAUUCUAACAGAUUUAAACCCGGCGCCAUUGCAGCUUAGAUGGACGUCGUCAUUGGGCACGCGCGACUUUACUGCUUCUACUGCUACACAAUCUUCUGACAUCCUGCUCUGCGCAGACUAAAUUUCCCCCUAUGACAAAUUUAGCCAGUGAAAGACCUAUUCAAACAUUUCCAGCACAGAGCACAUGUGGAGCUGGAACCAGAAACGCCUACUGCGAAAGUACGACAGAUCCAGUGUCCGUCCAAGUGUGCAACCAGAAGUUCUGUGACCAGACCUGCCCCGGCAGGACAGCUCUUCCGUCUUUUUCCAACAUGUUGAAUGGUAACAGCGAUGGAUACCUGAUGUGCGUGGACCCUGAUACCGUAAAUGUGCGGCCAGGUUCAUCGCCAGGCGACUCUGCGAUGUCCUUUUCAAGCACCGGGGCUACCUGCUAUCUGGUGCCGGGCUCGAAACCUGAUGUAGGUGCCAACGGUGCUUUCACGAUCACAGCAUGGAUUUGGCUUGAUAUGCAGGGACAAAGCAAGGCGUUUACAAGGACACUGCUUGAGAAAAGAACAUCCUCUGGACUGACAAUACUGCGUGUGCUAGUAGGAAGUGGGGGAGUGACCGUGAUGUUUGCCAGUCCCAGUGGUCAGCAGCAGAUGACCAUGAAUUAUGCUAUUUCUCAGCAGAACUGGACACAUUUGGCUAUACAGGCAUACCUGGCAUCAGAGGUACAGAACAGAAGUCUGAGUUUCUUUGUGAAUGGCCUAAGAGCAAGCUUUAUGCCAGUUAGUACUGUAACUCCUGCAGACUUUAUCACUGACUCCUCUGGAACAUUCCGAGUUGGACAGUCAUUUGAUGGUACACUCCAGUUUUUGGGGAAAAUUCAGGAUUUUCGAUUCUAUUCAGACACAUUAUCUAACAGAGAGGUACAAGAAAUUUACUCAGGAACAUUACCACAAGUCCGCAUUCAGUCUGCCUGCCGGUGCCCAGGAUCAAGGCCUCGUGUUAAGCCACAGGACACACGCUACUGCUUGCCCAAUGGUGUGCCUGAUAAUGUAGGAACUGUAACUCUGAGGGUGUCUUCUGCUUACCAGCCUGUGGAGUAUGCCAAUGACAACAACACCAGCACCAUGUGGGUCUCCAAUUUCCAGGAUGAUGUCAUACUAGAAGUGGACUUAGGGGACCAGUUUGAGGUUUUUUAUAUGGGGAUAGUGUUCUACAGUCCUCUGCCUGAGGCUAUGGUGGUGGAAAGAUUACUUAAAGGGGAAGUCACUUGGCAAACAUGGCAGUAUUAUGCUGUGAACUGUAUUUCAUACUUUGGCCUGCAAAACAAUGGUCCCUUGCCAAAUGCUACCUCUGUAAAUUGUCUGCAGCUUGGCUUUGCCAGCUUACCACUGUCAUAUUCCAAAGGUAGCAUAACUUUGAAUCUGCUUCCUACUGAGCCAGUCCCACGACCUGGGUCCUCCAACUUUUUCAACAACCCUUUACUCCAACAGUUUGUCCAAGCAUCAAAAGUUCGUGUUCGAUUCCGCAACCACACACUAAUUACCAACAUAAGACAUGAAUACUACGCUGUUUUUGAUUUUUCUGUGACUGGCAGGUGUGACUGCAAUGGACAUGCCAGUUCUUGUAACACAUCCAGCUUUCCAUACAAGUGUUUCUGUACUGAAGAGAGUCACACGCAGGGCGACAAGUGUAAUGAAUGUCAGCCCCUCUACAACAAUAAGGCAUUUAAGAGGGGAAAUCUACAACAAUCCUACAACUGUCAGCCUUGUAACUGCUAUGGUCAUGCCACUUCUUGUAUCUACAAUGCCAGCCUUGAUGCUUUUCCUGAAGUUUGGACAGAUGGAGGUGGCGGUGUGUGUAUGAAUUGUCAGGACAAUACAGAGGGACGAUUUUGUGAAAGGUGCAAAGAUGGUUUCUUCAGGCCUACUGGCAAGAGCCUCUCUGAUAAAGAUAUGUGCUCAACAUGUUCCUGCAAUACUAAUGGGACUGUGAAUGCUACUAGUCUCUGUGAAAAGGAUGGGGGCAACUGCUUGUGUAAGGACUAUGUAGAUGGGAGAGCUUGUGAUAGAUGCAAAAUUGGCUACUACAGUCUACAGGCUGUAAAUCCAAGUGGUUGUACUGCUUGUCAGUGUGAUGUCAGAGGAACUGUUAAUGGUGACCCCUCAUGUAAUGAAACUACUGGCAUAUGCAACUGCAAGGACAAUGUCAGAGGUAGCUUUAGCUGGACAACUUCCAGUGUCUUCCAUGCAACUGUAAUCCAUUUGGAUCUAAAGAGUCUUUAUUGUGACCCAAGUACUGGCCAGUGCUUGUGUACAGAAUGUACAGGCCACAAGUGUGAUCAAUGUGUGGAUCGCUUCUACAACUUUGAUGCCGGCUGUAUACCCUGUGACUGUAUUGAUGCAGGCACCGUUAAUGGCACCUUUUGUAACAGAAUCACAGGCAACUGUACAUGCAAAGCAAACACAGUCGGCAGAAACUGCGGUGCUUGUCGCCAAGGUACAUAUAAUUUUGGUGUCUCUGUAGACCUGGGGUGCCAGGACUGCUCCUGCAACACAGCGGGAACCAUCAGCGGACAGACACAGUGCAAUGUCAGCACUGGUGCUUGUAUAUGUAAAGCUAAUGUACAGGGCCUUCAGUGUAACACGUGUAAAACCAACACAUAUGGGCUGAGUACUGAUCUAGUAGAAGGGUGCAGAGCAUGUGACUGUGAUACAAGUGGCACUGUCAACCAGCAGCAGGCUUGUGAUCAGAACACAGGCCAGUGCCUCUGUGUUAGUAAUCGAGAGGGGAAUCGCUGUGACACAUGCACCACUGGGUACUACAAAAUAGCAGGAACAAUGGGCUGCUUACCAUGUAACUGCAACCCAGAUGGCACACUUCCUUAUACCAACUGUGACAAAAACACAGGACAGUGUGAAUGCCGUACAAACCUUGGUAUUGGUGGGCGUGACUGCUCUCAGUGUAUGGAGGGAUUCUACAAUUUUGUAUCUGGAAAGUGUACCCCUUGUAACUGCAAUACCUUUGGCAGCGUGAAUGCAACAUGUAAUAUGAUUACUGGAAACUGUACCUGCAAGCUCUUUACAGAAGGACGAGAUUGUGGCUCAUGCCAAGCAGACUCUAGCAACCUGAUGGCUGGUAACCCAUAUGGCUGCAGUAAAGCUCCAUCUCAGCAGCCUACUCCAGUAUACACCCCUCUGUCACCCACAGCGAUGACUUUGACAUGGAGACCCCCAGAUUACCCAAAUGGACUGAUUUCAUCUUAUCAGUUGUAUCGUAAUAACACUAAAAUCUAUGAAGGACCAGCUAACUCAUAUAAUGACACAGGGUUGCGCCCAUACACUCUUUAUGCAUAUCGAGUGGAGGCAAUCAACAUCCAAGGAUCAGCAUCGAGUCCAAUUGUUAUUUUCAGAACAAACCCUGGUAUACCAUCUUCAGACAUGGUUCUUAUUGUGACAGAAAUUGCAGUCACCAGUGCCAGAUGUAUGUGGAAUGAACCUUCCCAGCUGAACGGCCCAUUGCUGAGGUACGAGCUUGUGUCCUAUGAUCUUGCCAAUCAGUCUGUGAGCAAGGUAGAGUGGUCUGGCUUGGCAAGAGAACAGCUGUUGACAUCCCUGCGGCCCUAUUUUAGGUACAACCUGACAGUUAGAGCUUGUACACAAGGAGGCUGUUCUGAGAGUGCAGGUGUUCAGUUUCUAACCAAGUCAGCACCUCCUGCUGGCAUGCAGGCUCCACUAAUAAUUGCUUUGAGCAGUUCUGUUCUUCUUAUAACAUGGCAGCCGCCUCUGGCACCUAAUGGAAUAAUUAUAUUCUAUGAGUUUAUCCUGGAUCCCCCUGCCACAAAUUACACUGCCACAGGCCUGAGCCCGUUCACUGUGUAUGAGUUUCAGGUACUUGCAGAAAACUCAGCUGGGAAAGCUGCAAGUCCUUGGACCUCAGGGCGGACACAGGAAGCAACACCACUGCUUAUGUCAGCCCCUGUUCUGACAGGACUUAGCAGCACAGUGAUGAGCAUUGUAUGGCGUGUGCCAGAUGACAGCAGUGCUCGAGGCAACAUAACUGUCUACAGAAUCUACCAGCAGAGAUACCGGGACCUUACUCUUGAUCCCUAUGGCCCACCUACCUACUGGCAGCUCAUCUUAGAGCUACCAGGCUCAGUGCAUUCCUACAACGUUAGCGGGCUUACACAUACUCAGAAAACACAUUCAAAGUGGAGGCCUGUAACAAUCAAGGUUGUGUCAACAGCACCACUUCUUCAGGCCGCACACGUUCUGCAGCCCCUGAUGGCAUGGAGAAACCGGUGGUUGAUGGCUUUAACUCUACAGUGAUGGCAAUCAAAUGGUCUCCUCCUUCUUCACCAAAUGGUCCAGCGCCCAACUACACUGUACAGAAAACAAACAUUGCUCUAAGUUAUCCAGCAUCUGUUGUUCAAGGAACCCGCUUUCCUGGGUCGGGUUUCUACGUUUUUGCUGCAGAAACAUUACCUCAAAAUGUAGACUUU